AUAACAUUUGAUAUUAUGCAAUAUGCUGAAACACAUGCAUAGUAAAAUAACCAAUAUUUUGACGGAAAUUGAAUUAGUAUUUUUUAUAUUUCUUUGGAUGAAAUGUACAUUAUUCAAGUGGUUGCAACGUUAGGAUUGUUAUCGCUCAUGGCUGGUGAAGAGAUGGACAUUAAUGGUUGGUUACAUUUAGAUUCCACAGCAUUAAGAAGCCUGCUAUCUGGUAUCAGUGAAUUAUCAAACUUUGAAGCGAUAAAUAUUCAGAGAACCAAUAAUGAUAAUGAUUUCAAUUAUAAAAAUCAAAAUGACGAUAAAGAUGAAGACGACGAUAAAAAUAAAACCAAUGUAGUCGCAGUCAGUAAAAGCAGGAUAUUGGGAAAAGAAAACCGCAAAGUUAAAGAUGACGAAGAUUUGGUUGCAUUCAUUAAUUAUGUGUACGAAAGAUCCCUGCACAUGCUAAUUAAGUACCCAGGGAAAGUUAGUAACCACUUGAGAUCUGAAUUCGUUUCUUUAUCCGAAGUAUUUAAAGAGAAGUUCAGAGAGUUCUACAAUCGAACUUUGGAUCAAUUAAUCAUAAGCGAUUUGGGUGUUAAAAACGUAGCCCUGAAUACUAUUGACUCUGCAGACAACAUCUUGCAGAGACUCAAAAACGAUAUUACUGCAACUUUACAAGAACACGGGGCACCAAAAAAAGUCAUAUCGUAUUCUAUUCGUCAGUUAGAAAACGACAUGGAUCAAAACCUCUCCAAAAUUCGUGAAUACCUUUGUAGGAAAUUUGGAUUUUGCAGCACUUCAAAUAGUUUUAUAGUUUUUUUAAUUUCUAUUUUCGAAAUUCUAGCUAACAGUGACCACAGGUCGGCCUUGGUUCAAGAGUUUGUUAAUAUCGCGUUAAGUGAAGCUUUAAGUCAAGUAAGUGUUAAAGUAGUAAAUCAAAAACAAAUAAGUAAAUUGAUAGAAUUAUUCGAUUCUGUCAAAAAGAAAAAGGAUGCAGAAUUACGGAAAAUACUAAGACACAUUACGAAUAACCUAAAAGACAGACAUAAACCGAUCUCAUUGCGUAACAGUCCGGACGUACUAGACACACAACAGGCCUUUUUUGAAAUUGUAGAUCAACUUGAAGAAAAUAUUCCACCAACUAAAGCUAACAAAAAAGUAUGGAGGGACAUAAAAAAUAGAUUAACAGGAUGGACCCACACAAGAUCAGAUGAUAUUAAAUCCAUAGUAAAAGAUUUAAUUGAACAUACAAAAUCUAAUGGUAUUUCCGAAAUGUCAGGACACCAGUGGGUGAAAUUCAAAAAGAACGUUGACGUUCUGUUAUCGCGUAUAUGAUUUAAAAGAUUGUUUUGUUAUCAAAUGUACUUGAAAUUAAUAUCACACAAAUUAAAUUCAAA